AGAAUAGGUGUGGCUUUUCAAGUUUUAAGUUUGCAUUUAUUUAUUUAAAUAACCGAUAAUAUAUCACGCUAAUCAAUGUUACAAGUUCAUAAGUGUGUUUAGCUUGCAUUUUGUGUAUUCUAGUCACUUGAAUCUUUCACAAACAUUAAAUUAUAUGAAAUUCAGGGCGUCAGCCGUUUGUAGUGUAGCAAGUUAAAUAUUCAUCAUGUAUGGACGAAAAACCCCGUCGACUUACCGGUCUACGCCUUCAGUGUAUUCCCACUACACCACCAAGUCUUCAACAAAUCUCCGUUCUACAAAGUCCGUCCGAUCUCUGCGAGUGCCAUGGUAUCAGAAGCCAAUACUCCAUGAUGCUUUCUUUCUGGACCUACAAAGAGGCUCUUUGCUAGCAGCAUCCCUGUCUGUGUUCAUUGCCUUAUUCACAUUCGCACAAAGUAUCUUCGAUCUGUACUGCCUGGGCAUGGCCGCACCGGGCUCCGUACAUUACGGAUAUUAUGCCUUCAGCUUCCAGUUUGUCUACGUUGGGAGUGCUCCUGUUCGCAACGUGUUGAUAAUAUUCUCGCUGUUCUCGUGGUUGGGGUCUGUGGCCGUGUUGGUCACUGGUAUCAUACUCAUCAUAGCUCUGAGAAAGGAGCACGAAAAACGCAUAGCCCCUUGGCUGUACACAUUUGGCGUGUUCAUCCUAUUCCGUCUGGUGGCGUUCAUCUUUGCGGCCAUCGUCAACGACAUGAUAUUCUCUUACAACGCGCUCAUCUGCGUGUGCUGGGCGAUAUUUGUGGUCGCUGGGGGCUAUGGGUGGCUGCUGGUCUAUAGUUUGUAUUUGGAACUCUGCGACUUGACUAAAUUGGAAGAUCUAGCACAUUUGAGGAUGGGCACCAUGGCGUCCCUCAACGCGUCCCUCGCGGGUUCCCGCCCCACUACCCCCCACAGCGCCGUCUCCACCAUGCCCGCCUCGCAGAUCUGAUACACACACACAUCACGCUUACAUACUGACCAGAAUACUAGCACCGAAAAAACUAGCCUUGAAAAAACUGACCACAAAAUUGGUCUAACGUAUGAGCAGAAAAGUGGUCUAACGAACAGCGAUACGCAGAAAACUGCACUCAGUCUGACAUUUACGGAUGAUACGUUGAAAGAUAUUACAGAGGAGAGUAGCGAUGAAGGGACGCCUUUGCCUGUUGAAAGGUAUGAAACUAUAGUAUAGAACAGGGGUCGGCAACCGUAAAUUGUAAUUGUAACUGUCCUAUUGUCACGUAGAUAUGUAAUCUGAACUUAUUUAUACAUAAAUUGUCUAGUUUAAGUAUAGCAAAAGUGUGUAAAAAAUAAUUGUAAACCCUUGUUGUGGCAAUAAAUGAUUUAUCUAUCUAUCUAUCUUAAGGGCGCCCUGUAUGUAAAAGCAGGCGCAGGCGCCUUGCGUGUAAAAGCGCGCAAAGCGCGCAUCGCUGAAUGCCGGGCUUCGCCCGACUUUUAAGUGUGAGGGGCGCCGCAGGCGCCCUGUAUGUAAGAGCGCGCGAAGGGCGCUGAAUAACUGUGAGGAACGCCGCAGGCGCCCUGCAUGUAAGAGCGCGCUGAAUAACUGUGAGAGACGCCGCAGGCACCCUGCAUGUAAGCGCGCGCUGAAUAACUGUGAGAGACGCUGCAGGCGCCCUGCAUGUAAGAGCGCGCCAAGCGCGAUGAAUGUCCGGCUCCGCCCGACCUUUAAGGCUCGGCCAAACACAAGGCGCGACGCAGCGCCGCUUCCGCGCCGCGUUCGCGCCGCGUGAUGCCUGUUUAAACAGGUCGCGCGCGGAUCGCGCCGGCCUCGCGCUCUCAACACGCCCUCAUCGCGCGCGCGAACGCAGCGCGGACGCGGCGCGAUGCGGGCGUGACUCGCGCCCGAUACAGCAGCAUGCGCGCGCGGAAGGUUUUUCAUUCACGUACGACUGAUGUGACCGACCCAGCGUGCCGCCGCGGGCCGCCGCGUCCGCGCCCGUGGACGCGCGCGACGGGGCGCGACAGAAGCGGGGCGCGAUGCCGGCUGGACGCAGUCUGUUUGACGUCGCUAACCUGUUAGCAUGGGCGGCGGUCGCGCCGCGCGACCGCGGCGCUGCGUUGCGCCUUGUGUUUGGCCGAGCCUUAAAGUGUGUAUGUAAGAGCGCGCGAAUGGCGCUGAAUAACUGUGAGGGACGCCGCAGGAGCCCUGCAUGUAAGAGCACGCGAAGCGCGCUGAAUAACUGUGAGGGACGCCGCAGGAGCCCUGCAUGUAAGACGAUGAGGGGCGCCCUGUAUGUAAGAACUCGCGAAGCGCGAUUUGAAUUUCGGCACUCUUUUGCAUAAAAAUGUAUAUUAAAAGAAGUCCUUUUUGACAAACGACAAUGUAGUACCUUUUGUCUAAUAAAUUCACAAAUUAUUAACAGUGUGCGGCCCGCUGCAAUUUUGCUAACCGCUAUGUGGCCCUUGGCUGCUAAAAGGUUGCCGACCCCUGGUAUAGAACAACUAUAUUCAUGAAACUAACUUCUUAAAUUUUGGUCUCUUUCUAUUGGCGCAAAAGUAAAAACAAGUCAGACUAGGGAUCAUUAUUAACGGCAUUUUAGAAUAGAAUAGAAUAGAAUAAGAUUUUAUUCGUAAGCACAAACAAACAAGACAUUACAUAAUAUAAAAAAAAAAAACAUAAAAUAAGAUUUUUAGCUUUGACAGACAUUCCUGAAUUUGAUAUUUUGACUAGAAAACUAGCCUUACUGAAGUACUGACUGACCACUGCAGAAAAGAAAAGUGGUCUAACUCAUGAGCAGAAAAGUGGUCUAACGAACAGUGAUACGCAGAAAACUGGUCUCAGUCUGACAUUUGCGGAUGAUACGUUGAAAGAUAUUACAGAGGAGAGUAGCGAUAAAGGAACGCCUUUGCCUGUUGAAAGGUUAGAGACUAUAUUGUAGGUUUUUUGUAUGAAAAAAAUUAGAAGACCACGCUAACUUUGCACAAACUUGGCAGUAAGAAUGCAUACAUAUCCCUUUAAGCUUCACUCGCUCCAUGGGUUCAUCCAUUUU